AUGACAUUGCUUACAAGGUCUGAGCCAAAACUGUUCUGUAGUCAUAUCUCGAGAAAGUUGACUGUGAAUGAGCAGGUUAUUAGACUUGACAAAAGUGACGGAGGACACACGGAAAAUGAUAAUGACGUAUAUGAGGAGCUUAACAAAAUCUUCCAGGAAAUAUUCAAGCUGGAACUUCAUUUUCCACUAGAGCUUAGAGCCCAAACUGAAAGGGAAAUUCCACAGGAAAGUCUCACUGAAAUAUCAGUGACACCAGAAGAAUUAAAGAAGGAACUAAAGGAACUGGAUGUGACAAAAGCCGUGAGACCAGAUAAAAUUUUGUCGUGGAUUCUAAAAGAGGCAGCUGAAGCAUUGUGCAGCCCACUUGCCAUAAUAUUUAAUUCUUCUCUUGAAACGGAAGAGCGUCCUGAAAACUGGAAAAGGGUUCUUGUGGUACCAUUUUAA